GGAUACGCAUCCGAUGUUUGCUAAACAGAUAGAUGGCUGCCCGGCGGUGUAGUUUGUGCCGAAUAUCCCGCACAAAGCCAACAAAGAGAUCAUGGCGGCCGUGUUGCAGAGGCUCACAAAGUGAGUCAGUCUGUGCGAGGCUCGCUGGGCUCGCAACACAACCGAGACAUAGAUUUUAAAUGACCAUGGAGGCUGCUGCAGACACACAGCAAAGUGGUGAAACGGCUGUCUCGGAGUCUGAGGCCCAGCAGAUCACACUGGCCCAGACAUUGUACGAUUAUGGGUUGCAGGCAUCCAUAGCGGCAGCCCAGGUGUCGUCCAGCAGUCCCACGGUCACACUAGUGCAGCUACCCAACGGGCAGACGGUCCAAGUGCACGGGGUGAUCCAAGCUGCCCAGCCCUCCGUCAUCCAGUCCCCGCAGGUCCAGACCGUACAGAUUUCGACUGUUGCUGAGAGCGAGGACUCCCAGGAGUCUGUAGACAGCGUGACAGACUCUCAGAAGAGGAGAGAGAUCCUCUCCAGACGACCCUCCUAUAGGAAGAUUCUGAAUGACUUAUCGUCAGACGUUCCCGCAGUGCCUCGAAUUGAGGAAGAGAAGUCGGAGGAUGACUCAGCUCCAGCCAUCACCACAGUCACCAUGCCCACUCCCAUCUAUCAGACCAGCAGCGGCCAGUACAUCGCCAUCACUCAGGGCGGCGCCAUCCAGCUGGCCAAUAACGGCACAGAUGGAGUGCAGGGCCUGCAGACGCUGACCAUGGCCAACGCUGCCGCGGCCCAGCCGGGUGCCACCAUCCUGCAGUACGCCCAGACCAGCGACGGGCAGCAGAUCCUCGUGCCCAGCAACCAGGUGGUCGUACAAGCCGCCUCUGGUGACGUCCAGGCGUAUCAGAUCCGCACAGCCCCCACCAGCGCCAUCACUCCCGGGGUGGUCAUGGCAACCUCCCCUGCGAUCGGCACAGGCGGCGGCACCGAGGAGGUCACGCGCAAAAGGGAGGUCCGACUUAUGAAAAACAGGGAGGCAGCCCGCGAGUGCCGCAGGAAGAAGAAGGAGUACGUCAAGUGUCUGGAGAACCGCGUGGCGGUGCUGGAGAACCAGAACAAAACCCUCAUCGAGGAACUCAAAGCCCUUAAAGACUUGUACUGCCACAAAUCAGAGUAGAAACGUCUCGCAGCGCCUGGACAGGUGCCCACAGGUCUGUCCCCAUGUACAGAGACUCAGCACAGAGCCAUGCAUCUGGAUGUCACUCCCCUUUUCUACUCUUCUGCUUUCUUUUUAAAAACUGCUGACAAACGUGUAAAGACUCACCAGGAAUAGGAAACAAACGCACCAUGUCCCCACUUCAACCAUUUUGAAAUCUGUCCCCAUCGCCGAAAAGGUGAAGCAACGUGAAGGACGGACGCGGAGGAGGCUACGCCCGCACGGGGUCCUCGUGGUGAAGCGGCAGAACAGACCGAGGCUGUUCGCUGACGGAGGAAGCAUUCCAGUCACUGGUGCCCGGACGAAACCGGGCAACAUCACCAGCAACCGGGAACUGCUCGCUCACCAUCACCACUAACCACGGAACUUUUUACAGUUUCAUCUCCCCGAGACUCUCGGCUCGCUCGGAGAGGCCGCGCUCGUGUGCAGCAUUUGUAAUUGUAACGGCGCUCCUGCAUUAACAUCUGUUACUAACGCUUCGACCCGUAGACGGGCUCAUGGACCUUUUAUCUUUUAGCUAUGUUUACUGCUCGCGUACUGCCAUCCACUUUUUUUUUUUUUUUUUUUAACUUUACGUUGCCUUGAUAUGACACGAACAAAAAAAGCUAACUAUCAUUACGUUGGGUUGUAAAAAGGUUUCUGUUUAAACGCAGCUUUAAAAACACGAUGAGACUGUAGAGUUUGUUUCUAAUCAUCGAGGCUCAUUGUUUUUGAUUUCUAUCAAACGUCUGGCCGUGGCUUACAGUGAACGUGUGAAGGAGAGAUUAAAUGAAGCGCUGCUCGUGCACCAAAAUAUCAAACAAAGGUUAAACUGCAGAACGUCGUGUUUUAAAAAGUUUCAUUUCCUUCAUGUUUUUGUAUUCUGGAUUUUUCAAUCCAGCUUUUUUUUAUUCAUUUUAUCACGUCCUGGAUUCUUUUUGAAUAAAAAGCAAAAACAAUGAGCCGGAAGUUGUUUGACCAUUACAAAAUAUUUCUAAACAGACUUUGGAGACGCGUGGCCACCUGGUGUGUGUAUGUAUGUGUGUGUGUGUGUGUGUGUAUAUGUGUGUGUGUACUGUCACUGAACGUUGUUUUCGGGGACGUUUGGAUGAAUUCUGUAGGAAUCGGAAUCGAACACAUCAGGACGUCUGUUCUCCAAAUUCUGUUUGCAGCAUUAAAGUGGCAUGCGCACUUUCCCCUUGCAUAUACAAUCCGACCACAUUUCACACUCAUGUACGCGCAGCACUGCGAGGGCGAGGCGGGACGCAGUGAGGCGUCACUGGACCGUUAACGGGAAGCGUCCGCCUGCGCUCCAUUAUUCGACUGUUGGCCGCAGCGACGGGACGCCCUGCAGGAUUGUAACGUGCGACCAAAUCAAAAAAGACUUGACGGUGAACAAAAUGGAUAUUUUCAUGACGAUGGAAUGCCAUAUUGUAUUAUUGUUUUAGGUAUUAUGUAAUGUCAUGACAUAGUAUGCUUUUUUUAUGUUGCUUUUCAUUAAUUUUGUAUUCACAAUUUCUAAAUGUCAGCACCAACUUGUAUAAUACAGUGCAUCAUGUUAGAGCUAUUGGAAUAUUACAUUUUUGGCAGCUGUUAAUAAAUGUGUUUCUGGUAA